UCUCAAAUGGCCCUCUCGUUUUCGUUCCCGCCACAAACACCUCCUCUCCCUCUCUUUCUCUGAGAACUAUAAAUUAAAUAUUUUGCCGCUAAUUUACUGUCGUCCUUUCGAAAGCUCAGACCUAAAACAUGACGAAGCCUCCGAAAGUCGCCGGAGAAACAAAACCCAGUGGAGCGGCGGAGAAGCCAGACGAUCUCGAAAUCACAUCCAUCGGCUCCCUCUACACCGGACCUUGGGACAAGAAGUACUGGAGCUCCUCCCGGGGGAAAGAUCGGUAUCCGUAUCCGGUUGGGUAUCAGGCGGUUCGAGCUCACAAUGGGAGCACAUAUAAGAUGGAGAUUCAAGAAGGUCCUAAAGGACCUUUAUUUUCGAUUAUUUGUGCUGAUGGACAAUCCUGUUCUGGGCAAACCCCAGAUAUGGCAUGGGAGAAAUUUCAGAAGAAAUUUUUUCCCCGGUUGAAGAUUUGGCAUGGGAAGAGGUUUUCGUGCAAGAUUGAUGGUGUGGAGUUUUUUGGCUUCAAAAAUCCAUUUGUCCAGAGGUUACUUCGGGAGAUGGCAGCAAAUGUUAAUGGAACUGCAGAAAGGAGUUUGUUACCUUUGAGCUUCUGUAACAGGGCCUCUGGAACAGAUGUUGAUAAUCAUUCCCCAGAGCCAUGUUCAUUCGUGGCAUCACCACGAAUCACAGGGAAGCGAAGUAGGAGACGUGAACUUGUAAAUUCGAAGUCAUUCAGUUCGGCUAGCAUUAAAAGAAGCAGACCUGAAUAUCUGGCAUCUGUAGCUGAGGCUUCAAAAGGGAAGAAGAGAUAUCAUAAUAAUGGGAAGAAUGCUGUGAAUGAAGAUGACAUUUGUAAAUAUCAGAAGGUACUGCCACCAUUACCUGCUCAUCAAGAAGAGAGUGAGUUUUCAGCCAAAGAUAGUUUGCCAUUAGAUUCUGCUGGCGUCUCCAAUCAUCUCAGGAAGGAUGCUGAUCAUGAAGACACAAGGCUUUUUACGAGUUCUGGAAAUUGUAAAUCUACUGGGGUAGCCAGCAACUUGUCUGCAAAUGAAGAUAAACCUCUUGAUAGGUCUCAAGAUGCGAAUCCAAUGGAACUAGAAGAGAAAAAUGUAGAUGCUACAGUGCCAAAAGAUUCCGAAGGUCUUACUGAUGUUGGCCUUUAUGCUCCAGAUACCUUUGAUUUAACACAGGAUAAGACUUCUGAUUCUGCUCCAACUAUCCAGGAUAGAAGUGCCUUGAAGGUGGUCAUUCCUGAAGGGUUGCUGACAGAAUCACAUCAAAAAGUCUCGCCACCAUUAGUGCAUUUAGUACCUGCUCAUCACGAAGAGAGUGAUUUUUCAGCCAAAGAUAGUUUGCCACUGGAUUCUGUUUGCUUCUCCAAUCAUCUCAGGAAGGAUUCUGCCCAUGAAGAAGCAAGGCUUUUGGUUGGUUCUGGAAGUUGUAAAUCUGUGUUAGCCAGCAACUUGCCUGUAGAUGAAGAAAAACCUUGUGACAGGUCUCAAGAUUUCAACCUGAUGGCACCAGAAGAUAAAAAUAUGGAUUCUACAAUACCAAAAGAUUCCGAAGCUCUUACUGAUCUUUGUGCUCCUGAUACCUUAGAUUUUACACAGGAUAAUACUUCUGAAUCUGCUUCAACCAUCCAGUAUAGAAGUGCCUUGAAUGUGGUCAUUUCUGAAGGUUUGGUGACUGAAUCACACCCAGAACAAGAAACAGACGCUUCUAAACCAAAUGCAAGUUCUGAAAUUAAUGAUUUUGAUUCAGUUGGAGAAGAAAUGGCCAAGUCAAUGAUGACAUUUCUUCUUCCGCAAGCUAUUCCUUUGCUGAAGAAGGGUUCGAGAAAGGAAAAGGGUACUGUUAGCCCUUCAGAAAUUCUGCCUUGUAUGCUGAAAUCUCAAGAGGAAAUUAAUGAAACCAGUGCUCCAUCCACUGGUGCAAUGCUUGCUGCAACUAAAGAUGCUGAGGAAGAAGGGAUGUAUACCCAAAAUAGCGAUCUUGGUUCAAUUGUUCCAAUAAGGUCUAUUGUUCCUGACAGUUUAGAGGGUGAUCAAUAUGGUGACCGUGUAGUCAACCACAAUAUAUGUUCCACUGAUAAGGCUGAAGCUGAUGAAGAUAGUUCUGACGAUGCAUGCCUUCUCAACAGUUAUAAGCAAGUUGUUUCUGUUAAUAAGCAUAACAAAUCAUUAGAUGAUCAUCUUGAGAUCAAUGGAAGCAAAUAUAUCAUGGAUUCUACUGGGAGGCUUGAGGAAUGUGACACAUACAUAUCUGGGUCUCUUUCAGUUUGUACAUCUCCUCAUAACAGAGUCGUUUCUGAAGAAAUCAGGGAUGAAUUUGCUAAUAGGGAUGGAUGCUCACUUGGUGUUAUCCAAUCUAAGCAAAGCAAAGAAACUUCAGAUAAUCUCCCUGAAGCGAUAGAUGUAAUUGAUGAUAACCAAAGAGGCAUGUUGAAUUCUUCAAAAACAUCAGAGAAUGAAAAUGCUGAUAAGAGAACUGUUGCAGAAAUUGGAAAUGAGUCGUUUACUAAAGUUUCGAACUUAGUAUAUACCAGGAGGAAAGUUCACAAAGGAAAUUACAGUGCUCCGUUCUCAGAGAGUAUAGUAUGCAGAAAUAAUGGUGAUAUUUGUGUGCCUGAAUCAUACCCUUCCACAGAGACUUUGCUUGCGUUGGAGACUUUGCAAAUGGGUUCUUCUGAUGACACUUCAAAUAAGAGAGAUUCAUUCUGUGCUGAAGCCAAGAUUGGGGGACAUUCCAGUUGUUUGAAUGCAGAGAAACCUUCCACGAUAUCUAAGGGUCCCAUAAACAGUAGUGUUCCUGCUGUAUUACAAGAUCAAGCAUUAGCUGGUGCCUCUGGAGAAAAUGAUACUUCGUACUCACUUGAUUUGCCUGUUUCACGUGUAGAAAACCAUGUUGACAAGGAUGUGGUUGAACAUGAGAACCUCCUCGAGUUAAACAACUCUGAAACAUCUCAGAAACAGGGGAUGAGCAUCAUUCAUGAUCCCAAUAGUAUUCCACAUCAUUCAGACUCGAAGUCUCACAGUAUGGAAUUUAAUAAGGAACUAGUGGGCAAUCUUGAGUUUGUGGGAUGUUAUUCCCAUCAAAGUCCUGUUUUGUCAGCGUUGUUGAGUGCAAAGGGGACUGAAACUUACGUUUGUGUUUUAUGUGGCCAUCUGGUUGACAAGGACAGAAGCCUAUUCAUCUACAAGAUACAAAUCGAGGGACCAAGUGUUGGAUGCCCUUCUUUUGUUGGUCACACAUCCGUAACAUGGCCCAUGCGAAAAGACUACUUUGGUAAAAUUUCUUUGGAAAGAUCCAGUUUGCAAUUCACUCCAGAUGGGCGAUGUCUUGUUUUACUUGACAGCAUUAAAACACCUUACUGCAGGCAGGGGAGUAUCAAUUGUUCAUGCUCCACAUGUACGUCAAACUGCUCAGAGGAGAAUACAGUGAAGAUUGUGGAAGUAAAACUUGGUUAUGUUUCAGUGGUGGCAAGAUUGAAAGCAGUAGACAGUUUAGAAUGUAUAUUGGUUUGUAAACCCAACUAUAUUGUUGCUGUUGGAGAAAGUGGGAGACUGCAUCUGUGGGUUAUGAACUCAAUGUGGAGUGCACAGAUAGAUAAUUAUGUUCUGCCAGCUGAAGAUUGCAUCUCCCCUGGAAUAGUGGAGUUGAAGAGAACUCCAAAUUGUACUCGUAUAGUUGUUGGCCAUAAUGGUUGUGGUGAAUUCAGUUUAUGGGAUAUUUCUAAACGCAUCCUCGUGUCAACGUUCUCUGCAUCAAGCACUUCAGUCUGUCAAUUCAUUCCCGUCAGUUUGUUUACUUGGCAAAUACAGUGCCCUGUUUCCGGCUACUCUGAUAUAGAAGAACACCUCAAGCAAAUGAUGCCUGCCACAUGUGAUGGCCAAUUUUCCUUGGAGGGGGAAGACCUUGCUGUCUGGCUUCUUGUCUCAUCAUCCUCUGAUUUUGAUAGUCAAGACUAUAUGUCCGGUGAUUGCGACUUAAACCCAGUGGGAAGGUGGAGGCUUGCUCUAAUGGUGAAAAAUACGAUGAUCUUCGGAAGUACAUUGGAUCCAAGAGCUGCUGUUGUUGGUGCAUCGGCUGGUCAAGGGAUCUGUGGUACUAGUGAUGGACUUGUGUAUACGUGGGAGUUAUCAACAGGAACUAAAAUCGGCGAUAUGCAUCAGUUUAACGGCGGCAGAGUUUCGUGUAUUGCUACCGAUGACUCGAGGUCGGGUGCUGUGGCCGUAGCCUGUGACAACCGAUUGCUGGUUUACAUGCACUCUGAAAAACAAUCUGUAAACUAACAAGCAAACAAGUAAGCUUUUUGUGAUCUUACAUUUGAUGCAUGAAAGUAGUCCAGAUGUAUAUCAGCGUAUCUUACACUUUGGGAGUUCUGAACAUGAUCAUCGUAUCAAAAGUGCAUGCAUGUUCCCACUUUCUGCAUUAUAUCAGCGUAUCUUUGUUGGGCACUCUCAAGUUUUUUCGAAACCCUAGCCGGAGCAUGGACAUCGUAAUACAUGUUCGUGAAGAUGAUUGGCCGGAACAUGAUCGUCGGCGUCGGCUAAUUGGCUAAUUCAUCGAGGGUCGGCAAAGAAUGAAUCAGCAAGACCACUUGUUGCCGCCAUUGAUCAUUCGGCCAAGUUAACAACAGAGAACAGCAGUGCAGGCGGUGUUGGAAGUUAACAACAACAACAAUGCAUCUAUCAAAUAUUCCACUGCUGCCUCCCGUAGGAGUGUUAGCCUGUCUCAUUUCUUCUCAAAUAUGAAUCGGAUAUCCAAUCAUUUCGAAUUGAAUUAUUUAAAAAAUUAUCUAUAUUAAAUUAAAUUUAUUAUUUUAUUAUGCAUAAUCAAACCG